GUCUCUUUAUUUUAUUCAGGAUUUACAAAAGCGUAAGGAAACAUAAUCACUUACCAGGUUCGUGAUGUAAACCUUCCGUGUAAAAUCAAACAAGGACGAAUUACUUUGAUAGAUAUCUUUGAUUCCUUGACACGGCCGUCUGCCCGAAGUUCAUAUCGUGUGUAUAUAAACUACAUAGCUAACUUCUGUAAUAGCGCCAACUAGAAGUCACGUCCUAACAUCGACAAAAUCACACAUCAACUGGUGUGUCGUUUCAAUCCACUAGUCAUACAGUCCAUAGGUAGCCCUAUUUCAUAUGUAGGUCGCAUAGCUGCUAAAUCCAUAUCCGUUGACUCUCUUCGAUAAAUCCGCUCAAAACUUCCACAAAAUAUGUGAACACUCUUUCAUGGACUCGGAGUGUUGACUGAAAUUGGCCUAAAUGUUGCGCAUUAAGAACGCGCGGUGGGGAAGUACUUGAUCACGUGGUUGUGGUCUGGAUAUAUAAACCGCGAAAGACGCGGAGUUGCUUCUUUGUUCGCUAUGAGCACAUGGUCGAUGUAGUGCCGUGAACGAUCUCGUGAAUGUCAUCCCUGUUUGCCGUCCCACGACGAUAUAUCUGCUGUCUAAGAUGAUGACUAAGGGUAUACUGCUCUCUGCUGAUGUUGUGGCAACUUGGUGAAAAGACAGAAGAAAAAACCAAAAUAAGUUGGUGAAAUGGACGCAUCUGAUGCUACUGGUAUUGCUAGUCGGCCCAUAAUUCAAGACACAAAUGUGGAUUCAAAGCAAGAUGAAGUUGAUGGAUCACCGGUAUCAGAAGUAACAGAUGUCGUUUUUGAAAGCAACACUGGCGCAGCAGACCCAUCUUUACAACCUGCAAGUCCUGCAGCAACACAGCCCAAUCAGGCCCUGAGUAAGCUAGACAAUCCUGGUGUGUUAGAUAAGCUAAAACCAAAUGAAAGCAUUUUAAGGUCUGAACCAAGAAGCACAUCAGAGUGUGAUGAUGGAGAAGCUGAUCUUGUCAUUGACCUUGAAGAAGCAAAUGAGUUGACACCUAGUGAAGGAAAUACAGAAGGGCCAGCGGAGGAUGAUAAUGAAACAAAAAAAGAGCCAAUACAAUCAAACGAAAAUAAGGUUAUAAUAAAUGAUGGUGAAAACGUAGGCGAAACGCCAGUAGAACAAAUGGAUACUGAUGAAAAAGAUAAAGACUCGAGUGAAGGUCAGGGAUCAGAGUCUGAACCAGUCAUUGAAGUAGUGAGUAAAGAUAUUGGAUUGGAUUAUUUUGAAAGACUUGAAAAUAGCUUACGUGAGUUGGAGAAGCAGAUGUCAAGUUCAGGUAAUCCAGAAAUUCCCGAAAACUCAUCAGACUCUGAAAGCGCUGUAGAAAGAAUAGUGAAACUUCCAGCACAAAAUGGAUUAGACAACACAAAGGAACCAAACAUUAUGCAAACCAAUUCAGCUCAGAAUAGCUCAAGUGUUGGGACAGGAAACACAAUGGAAGGUCCAAAAAAAGAUGUUGAUUCUGAAGAUAUGAUAGAAAAGGAGAAAGACAGUGUUGUUGCUCCUUCUGAAGAGUUAACUGAUAAAGCUGUGGAAUCAAAAAAGCAAGGAGAUAGUGUUGUUGAAUUGGAAAAGCCAAAUAGCAACCAAAGUGGCAGUUCAGCGAAAGACACUGUCAGGUUGCCUACAGCUAAUGCAAAUGACAUGUGGUCCAAGAUUGGUAUGAUGCGAUGCUCAAAUUGCUCUUUUACAACCGACCAGGAAGCAAUGCUUAACUCUCAUACAGUCAUAUGCAGCAAACGUAAAGUGGUUAAAGGAGAAAUCAAUUUCAAGUACAAAGCUGAUCGCUAUGGAUGUGAAGCAUGUCUUUAUACAACGAAGAGUGUGCGGAACUUUGAGGAGCAUGUGGCUUUUCACCUGCUUGCUCAGCCCUAUAUCUGUUUGAAAUGUGUUGCAACAUUUGAGAGUAAAGCUUCAAUAGAAACUCACGUCAGUACAAAACAUUGCGAUGAAAUGGUAAAAUGCGGAUUACGAGGAUCCAAAAAGAUUAGUCACAUUAUAGCAACACUGCACAGGGAUUCUAAAUUCUCAUUCAUAGGAAGAAUGUUGGAUAAGAAAAUAUGGAACAUGUCUAUUUCUACAACAAAGGAUCAAAACGCACUCGGCCCUUCAGGAGCGGUUCCCAACACUGCUCGUCCAAAGAGAACUGAUCGACCUUUAAUUCUUCAGAGGAAGGACUCUGUCAAAUUCAGCUCGCCAAAGAGUGAUCCUCUUGUAUUAGAACCACUAGAGAAGACGGAGAAAACUUUGUCUGAAAAGGGUCCGGCUGCUAAACCAGUUACAAGUCAAUUUAGUCCUCAAUCAGUGCCAAAGACCAACAUUAGCAAUUCUUCUAUACCAAUUACUACCACCACAACUUCUACAGGAGGCCUUAAUGUUCCCUCCUUCAUCCUUGUUCCAGUGACGAUGGCAACACAGCCCCCUCCUCCUGUCAUCCAACCAAAUAAAGCACCUGGAAUGGUAUCUAUUUUGGGUCCAUACAGCUCAUCCUUCAAUGCUCCUCGACAACAAAUGAUUGUGAUGAAUCAAGGUACUCCUGUACGCCCAGCAACUGCCUCACCACGCUUUAUGCUGGUUCCAACCACAAGUACGCCAACCUCAAAGAUUAUUCAUCCUUCUACAAAUAUUUUCAUUGGAAAUCAAACUCCAAAAUCCAAUCCGAUUCAGAUACCGACAACCGUGCAGCCAAAAUUAGUUGUGACAUCUCAACAGCUACCAGCUGUUUCAGGUAAAGUUUCCUCUCAGUUGCAGAUGCCUUCUUCGAAUUCUGCUUCAACGAGUCAAUGUAUAUCAAUACAGUACAAUGAAGUAGAAAAGGCUAACGCUACAUCAAUUGAAAUCCCAGGAAAAGAUUUGAAUACUGAUGACAAGUUGGGUUCCACUGUGAUUGAUCUGACUGAAGGGAGUGCUCAAAACACCUGUCGGAUUUCUUUCCGUAAGGCAGGAUCCUCUUAUGCUUGUAACUUCUGUAAAGUCACAGCUGAUACAGAGGAAAUGUUCAGCCGACAUAUUUGGAGGCACUUACAUACUCUUCAGCCAAUCUGUAAAAACUGUCCAAAUGAUUACUCAGCCGAUGACUUUGCAAAGUGCGACCUCGUCGUUCAAGUCAUGAAAGGGUUAGUAAAUGCCAAAGAAGACGGAGAGAAUGACAAAGGAAACGACAGUGUUAUUGAAGUUGUCUCAGACGAUGAAGAUACUGCUGAAGGUCAACAACUAGUCAGUAGCACUGAUGUUCAUAUGGAAGGGUCGUUGAACCAAGAAAAAACUAAUACCAAUACUGAGGAAGACAGUGGUAUGCAGAUAAAGAUAGCAUCAACAUACAGUCUAAGUGAGUCAUCGAAAACACAAGAAGAUGUAGGUCAUGAGAAUGAGUUGAAAUCUGCUGUGUCAUCGGAAGAAAUAACGGAAGAGGUAAAUUCAACGUCCACUAUGAAAAUACGAGAUUCUGGAAACAUUUUUGAAAAACUACAAGGAUCUAUAAACAAUGUUGUUGAACAGACGUAUGUAAACGUAAAGAACAAUAAAGAAGACCCGCAUUCUUGUGACCAGCAAAAAGAGGAUGCUUCUGUUGAAACUUCCAGUGGAAAUGCCAUCAAAUCCCCUUCGGUAGCAGAAAGUUCUGGUGGGUUUACAGAAGCGUUAAGUACUGAAACAGUACCGACAUUGACAGACAGUAGCAAAGAAACCACUUCACCUAGUGAGUCAACCACCAAAACAACUGCUGAACCGAUUACUCCUAAAUUUUCUUGUAAUGGAAGUUUCUAUGUAUGUGGCUUCACUGAUUGUCGCUUUGCUUGCAUAACAUCUGGCGAAUAUAGGGAACAUUUAAUGUGUUGGCACUCAGAUGCCGAGGAAUAUAAAUGUGCCCAUUGUGGACACAGAAGCCUAACUGAAGAUUGUCAUUUACGACACAUGCUUACACACUCGAAAGCGUCAUCAUUCAUUCUCUACAUGUGUAGUCAUCCAGCUUGUCUAUAUGGAACCAAUGUGGUGGAUUUGUUUCGGGAUCAUUGGAAAAAGUUUCACCCAAAUACAAAUCAGUUCAAAUGUCGAUCAUGUAAAAUGCUGUUCCCUUCUGCCGAAGACCUUAUUACUCACAUACAGGCAAACAUACUGAAAUUCGUCACCUGUCCACAUUGUACUGCCAAAGAUAGUAACAGAAAGACUAUUAUUGCUCAUAUAAUUGAAGUUCAUCCGGGGAAACCUCGUCAAAUUACCGUAGCAAGCCAGCUUGUCUGUCAGGAGAGAGACAAUAACGAAUUUGCAGUUCCUGUUCCGGGAAUCCCUGAUAAACCAACAGACGUUCAGCCAUGGCCAUCUGUGUACAUGGACUCGGCAAAUGAUGAUGAUGAUGACGUAUAUGCGGAUUCUCCAGAGCAAAAUAACUCGUGUGAUGACACAGAGGUGGAUGAUGAACAACCAGAUAACCUCCAACAGUCGGACUUGUCUAAGGCAAAAGGGUCACUCACAAAAAUUGCUGCUGAAGGUGAUAUGCGUGAUGCUGUGAAAGUAAUGGCACUUAAUAAGUCGAAGUUGAAGUCCCUAAGUGCUGAGAUAAUUCGCUGCCCCGAGUGCUCAUAUCUCGCGUCAGGAAGAGGUCUACUGCGUAAGCAUCUGUAUCUUCAUAAAAAGGGCAAAGAUGAACGAAAACGGCGUUUCUCUUGCCCUUGCUGUCCUGCAGCCAUGGACAAACUAAGCAAGCUGUCGUGCCACAUGAACCUGCACGAAGGACAACAUAAGGUGAAGGUUUACUUCUGCACAUUAUGCGCAUUCAAGACGAAUGUAAAGGAAUUUCUCAGUACACACAUGGGUAAAUCACACAACUGCGAGAUAACCAAAGGAAUCAAUUUUAUAACCAAAGUUCUUAAAGUUUCGGUUUCGGCUUUUUUCUGUGACAAAUGCAUGUUCGGAACACGGGAUCAACAAGUUUUCAGACAACAUGAACUUGGACACAACGACGAUGAGGAUAAUGCUGCGACAACACAUGAAGACGUUCAGGGAACAUCUUACCCUACAGCAUCUUCUUCAACUUCCGUACCAAAACCUCUAACAAAGAAGUCACCUAGUGUUAGAAGUUCAUAUGGUGAUAACCUUAAUGAGGAAGACUUGCUUUCAGUAAACCCUGGCUCGAGGAAGAGAUUCUGCUGUAAACUAUGUGGGAAAUAUUGCUCACGUUUACCGGCACUAAAGGCUCAUAUGUCUUUGCAUGUACUUGAUGCAGAUCUAGAGGUCAUGGUAUUCAAGUGCCAGUACUGUGCAUAUUCAUCAACAUAUAAAGCAUUUGUGAGCAGGCAUUGUGAAGACAAGCAUCCUGGGAAAAUCAUUCGAGUGAAACGUAGAGUGGAUGUCAUUUCUGCGGCUGGCGAAUCUUUUCCACCACAUGGACAGGAAUGGCCAGAAUCUCCGGACGAAAUGGACGAUCCUGAAGACGUUGACGUUUCUGACAUGUCAAUUUAUUCCCACCAUUGUGACAUUUGUUCAUAUAGUUGUGGUGACGCUGCAGAAUUACUUCGUCACAAGAACUCUCAACAUCCCAACCAGGGAAUACAGAAAACGUUUAUUGUCCCGAGUGGAAACGUGUUUAAAUCGCCAGUAGAGUGUACAGAGUGUUCGUUUAGCACAACGAGGAGAAUAGAAUUACUUCGGCACCUGAAGACCCAUCCUGCAUUGUGUCCCACAUACGAGGCAUUGUCGAAGUCACCACCCAAAGAGCAAAGAGAAUUGCUGAAAGUUGCUAUCGGCAAGAAGACCACCACACCACACUUGUUCGAACCAUAUUCCGAUUCACCAUCACCGGACCCUGAGAGCGAGCAUACACCUAGUCCUCAAAUGGAAGACAAGAAACCCACAUUAGCAGAGGAUGGUAGCCUAGUUCAGGAGGAAAUGCAGAAACCCAAAGCGAAAACUCCAUUGUAUUUCCUGGGAGGCGAUCUGCUCCAUUUGAAGUUGAGGCCGUGCUUCAUUCAAGAGGAAUCCAAUUCCGAAUUCACAUGUAAACUUUGUCAAGACACAUUUUCUGGACGAUAUGUUCUGCACAAACAUAUACUUCAGCACAUGGAUGUUUCGUUCUACAAAUGUGCGUACUGUAGCCAUGGUACACUGGAAUCUCCAUCCAUGGUCGUCCAUAUACAAAAGAUCCAUCGCAAACCUAUACAGCAUGUCCAGAUGGACGUUACUGACCUGGAAAGUAAGAUCAACAAGGCUAUUCAUAGCAUCAAGGAGGAAGAGUACUUUAUAAAAAUGCAAGAAGGCGAAAGUGUAAACUCCAAGACAGAAGGUAGAGACGAUGACUCUGUAGACGAUUUUCAGUCUUCUGAAACCCUGUUCCGUUCACCUUUUAAAGUGAAAAUACCGCCUUUAACCAUCAAAACAUCGCCAUCAUAUGACAUUGUGAAGAAGAAAUCUGCCUCGACAGCGAAGAAGUCGACCACCAGCAAACCGAAGAUUGGUAUAGUUAAUAAGCCUGUGCAGAAACCGUCUUUGUAUAAACAACCUACAGAAGAUAAUCCAAACAUACAGAGAAUGGGAGAUAUUUACAAAUGCAAAAUAUGUAGUUAUACAAGUACAUCGCGGGCUACCGUGCUUAAUCACUUGACAAUUCAUUCAGGAUUCCGAAGGUUCGGAUGCCCUUUUUGCCCAUACCGCUCACACUGGCGACACGAUUGUCUUAAACAUAUCAGAACGCACCACCCUGGAAAACAAGGCCAACCUACCAUGGACGAGCCCCCUGCCGAUUUUGAUACUAGUCUUACCCUCAAGCCUGAAAAAAGUUCUGUGACCCAACCGCAACCCCAACCAGUACCGAAGGCACCAAAAUUACCACCCCAGCCCAAACAACCACCCGUCACACUUGAAAGCCAACCAUCAGCUGAAAGUGAAGCUGACCAAGACAACACUCCUGAAUAUAGGCAUGUCUUUAAAUGUCUUGUCUGCGACACCAAAUUCAAAAGUAUUUGGUCGAUACAGAAACAUUUUUCAAGGGAAUGUUCCCAACCGAUGUUAGGGUGCUCCACAUGCAAGUUCAAAGAUUUGGAGCCAGGCACUGUCAAACUUCACAUCGAAACAAAGCAUCCAGGAAGUGAAACGUCCAGGAUUGUUACUUUGAAAAGGGAAGCCAAAAUGAGAAAGUACACCAUUCCAACAUUUAAGAAACAGGAAUCUAAAGAAAGUAUUGAAAGUACUUCAGUAAAGAGUGUACAAUCAGAUAAUGCAGACCAGGAACAGACAACGUCUCGGGCAACUGAUUUGACGUCAACCACCGCAAGCCAAUAUUCAAAGUUAAAAUCGCCAAUAUUGUCUUCCAACAACUUGUCCAUUUUGAUUAAACGAAUAGGAAAUCGCUAUAUGUGCAAAGAAUGUGGAUUCAGCAAUCCAAUCAAACGGGCUCUCAUGCGGCAUGUAAAGAAGCACAGUAAUGCACGUCCCUUCGGUUGUACGUACUGUGAUUAUCGCUCAAACAAUGAAUGCAACACUAAACGACAUAUGAGGAGAAGACAUAUCGGAAAACCUGUCGUUGUGAAAAGAUUGGAUCCUUCACAGUGGUAUUCACCGAUUACAAGCGACCUGAAAUACAGACGCAAACCUUUCUCGGCACUGACAACGACAGUAGUUGAAACAUCGACAACAUCUCCAGACGAAAAAGAGGACGGUGCUUCAGGAAUGGAUAACAGUUUGGAGAAUGAUUUCAAAACAAAGGCUCGUGUUGAAAUAAGAUACUUCUGGAAAUGUCUGGAAUGUGGCAACAAAAGUCACUCCGUUUCAAAUGCCUAUAGGCAUCUGAAAAGAGGAACUUGUACGAAAACUCUAUAUGGAUGUUCUGGAUGUAAAUUGAAAAAUACCGAUAGAAAAGCAGUAGAGUUUCAUCUUAGUGAAAAGCAUCUGAACAAAAAUGUUCAAAUUACCAUAUGCCCAAACACAGCCAAGAUUCGAAAAUACCACAUCCCAAUCAAAGUUGGGGGCUAUGAGAAAAAACCAGAAGCUGAUGUUUCCACUUUCGACGACACCAGCAAUAGCGCGACAAGUACUUCGAGUAAUACCCAAACUAUGCCUAAAGGAGACGAAGACUGCUCAAAGCAGAAUAGCGAAAAAUCUCAAGUUGUGUUUUGUACAGUUUGCAAUUUGAAAGCUUCAAAUGCAAGAAUAUUCCAAAGUCAUAUAGAAUCGGAACACACAGGGAUGCUGAUGGUGUGCAAACACUGUACCAUCUUCAGAACCCUGUUCGUAUCGAAAAUACAACAGCAUACAUGGGAUAGCCAUCCUGACAUGCCGUUAAAGUUUUACUUGAGGACCAAAAAGGGCAUACCUGACGCUGAGAAGAGGCCAUCAGAAAGAUACACGUGUGCCAAAUGUGAUUAUAUAGGAAAGCGAUCGUCAGUCCGGCAACAUCUGUACUGUCACUUUGAGUACAAGCCUUACAAGUGUGGGCAUUGUGGUUAUCAAACCAAGAAAAACGAUGGAGUACGGCGUCACAUCGAAAAACAACAUAUAGGCAAACCUAUGAAGAUUUUAUUCAAAAGAAAUGCAGCCCAGGAACAGGAGAUUGAGAUGUUACUGGACUCGAACUCACCGGUAAAACUUUCGUACCAGAAGUCUCAUGCAGCCAGAUUGGCAAAAGAAAGUUUAUCACAUAUCAAAUCAAUACCGAAACCAAUAAUCAAAAAGAACUAUCCAACUUCAGCGAACAUGAAAAAUAUUGCAACCGAGGAUUACAUUCCUAGCAAGAUGUACAAGCCACUAUUCAACAACAAGGCUGGAAGGCCCGGUUUCACCUGCCUGCUCUGUCCAUACAACACCUUCAUGCAGAACACAAUGAUUUCCCACGUGUAUCAUCACAUGGACUCUAUCUAUAGAUGUCCCUACUGUUCGAACCAUGGCUACCCAAGAAGCAGAGUGACGACUCACAUAAGGAAGCAGCAUCCAGGCAAAGCAGUGUAUGUGAUUGAUGAGAGGCAAAAUAAAGGAGGGUUGACUAAUGCGAUUGCCUCGUCGACGGUCACCUCUGCAGAUGUGUCCGAGCCUGCUGAAAAACGCAGAAAGAUUGAUAAUUCUGACGACUCUGAGGAAGAGUUAUACACAGAAAGCACAUCAGAUAACGUAAAAGAGGAGACAGGAAUAAUCCAGUAUUCCUGCCACCUGUGUAGCUACUCAAGCGAGAGCCUCUACCACUACAGACAGCACCUGGCCGCCCAUGGGGGCUUCAAAUGGCUGACAGCCGGUACACAACUGGAGUCUCGUCUAAAGUGUGGGUAUUGCUCAUACUUGGCAGCUGGUGACAAGGACUUCAAUACGCACAUGGAGAAACAUCUUGCCACACGACCUUUCAGCUGCCCAUAUUGCGACUUCUCCCAAUACACGCAAGGAAAGGUAAAGACCCACGUAGCAUAUGCCCAUCCGGAUAAACCAAUGGAAGUAUCCAGAGAAUCCGGUAGUAGCUGUUUAAUUGAUGACACUCUGCAAUUAGACUCUGUGACACUUGUGCGAAUGGAUCCCACGAUAAAACUUGUAGACUUCUUGUCAUUGGGCGCGUCGGAAUAUGAAAAAAUCUUGCUUGAAGCUAAUGUAUCUGUUGUUGACCUUGACAGCCUGUCCGACGAUCGGUUUUCUGAAGUAGCAAGCAAUCUUGGUGUUUCUUUGAUGGAGAACGAGUAUCAAGUGAAGAAAGAAAGUGAGUAUGACGACUACGAUGAUAGUACAGAGCAGUAUGAUGACCAUGUCGUGAAGACCGAACAUGACGAUUGCGAUGUCCAAAAACCGACAGUAGCAGCACAUGAGGAAAUGGAUAUCAGUACAAUGGUGGCUACUGCGGGAAAUAACAUUAAUAGUCAGGAUAUACUUAGAGAGCCUGACGAAGUUGCGAAUGACGUAAUGAACAGUGUAUCCGAAGUCACUGAAAACAAUUACGAGCAGGAAAGAACAGAAUCUGCUGAAAAGGAUACGGCAAAUGAUUUCAGUGAUGUAAGUGAUGCCCCGUUGUCACAGGACGGUGACUCUGAAGACGUAGAUACCGCAGAUGAGAGUUUACUAGAAAUGGACUUUGAAAGUGUAAGUCAAGAAUCUGCAGACGUCAAGUCCUUGCCAGAAUCAUCGGUAAAUGAGAACGUUCUGUUCGAGUCCGCGAUUGACACAGAGGAAGAAGCUACUGUACAAUACGAGUCAACGAUGGAGGAAGAGGAAGAAUUUAAUGAUCAACAGGAACCACCGAUGGACAAAACAGACGAGGAACUGGAUAAAAUGACUAACGAAGAGGAAGAACCUAGCGAGCUUGAUACUAGCGGUGAGCCAAUGUGGGCAUCACAAGGAUUCCAGGUUAUUGAUGAAGUAUAAAUAGGAUGGUAGAACAACAUUUAUAAAGAACAAUUGAAGGUAAAUGCGUAAUACAUUUCGUGUUAGCCCAUUCACCCAUGGAGUCAACUUUACUAAAUCACGGACUGGACAAAUUCAGUUUAAAUAAUUAUGUAAAGUAAAAUAUUGUAAAUAUAUUAGUUUGAUUUUGGGAAGGCAGAUCUUCUGUCUGGAAAUAUUUUCAGUGACGGAUACAUUUACAAAAUCUACUUUUGCAAGAUGUGUUCAGGAUGACUCGUGCUGAAAAGUACAGUAUUAGGUAACAACUGUCUUCACUCUUGAGUAGCUCAAUAUGAUAAUGUUUUGUCUGGGCUUUUUGCAGAAACAGCGUUACGAUAUAACGUACUCGGUUGUCUAUUGUGGGAUAUUUACCAAUUGAAUGACGUACAUGAUGACUUUUUAAAAAUAUUAAUAGGGACCGAUCUGUGCCCAAAAUUUCGAUUCCUAUGUAGCUCUUUAGACAGGUAACCAUCUGAUAUUGUUCAACGAACACUAUCGUACAUCAUUUGAAAGAAAUAUAAUAAGCGAUGAUGCUUCGUUGUCCGGAAAGGCAUCAUACCCAGUGGUCUACUUUAUAUCAAAAUCUCUGGAUUGUGUAUGGACAUUCAAUAAUUAAAAUUGUUUGAGGUAAAUAAGAGAUUGAAUAUCGUCAGUUCAUUCAGUCGACAUGGAAAAAAGUAAGACGGUCAUUAUUCCACUGCUGCUGUGUGUAACAACACUCCUGUUGAUUGCAUUGAUAUCCUAACUAAUUUCUGUUAUGUUGACAAUGUUGUAUACGGGAAUCAAUUUAUAGAAUGGUGAUCUCGGCACGAGGUCGUAACUAUCGAAGCUGUUAAUGAAUGUGUUUGCUAAAUAAAUGUUUUUAUAUUGUCACAUGCCAUGGCAAUGGAUGCGUAAAUGUUUAUAGA